CCAUGGCCUGCAGCAGUGCUUUCCCCUCCUCAAGUCAGUGAUAAGAAGCACAGCCCGCAUCGACCACAUCAAAACAGCACCGUUGUUCAGUCUCCGACUAAAUAUCCAUUUCCUGGAAAAGAUCCCACUCCCACCAGCAGGAAACAUGGACGAGCGCGCCAAAAUCCCCGUCUCACUGCCCAGCGAAAACCCAACCCAAAGCUACUGGCAAGACCCUCCCGACCCAAUCGCCGAUCUGCGGACCACCGAGCAACUCCCCUCGACGGCCGACACAGUCAUCAUAGGCAGCGGCAUAACCGGCGCUGCCGUGGCAUGGGGUCUGUUGCAGCACAGUGAACCCGGACCCAACCCGGACGGACUCGGAGCGUCCAUUGUCAUGCUCGAGGCCCGACAAGCCUGUUCGGGCGCCACGGGCCGAAACGGCGGCCAUACCAAAGCGGCCUCCUACCGCUCCUUCCCGGCGCACGCUUCAACCCUGGGCGUCCCCGCAGCCGCUCAAAUCGCGCAGCUGGAGCUGUCCAACAUCCUCGCGGUGCACGCCUUCGCCCGUGAGCAUGGAAUACCAUGCGACCUAGAGGCAUGCAACACGGUCGACAUCAUCUACGACGAAGGCGACUGGGCCCACGCCUGCGCCGCGGUGGAGGCCAUGCGCGCCGCCCUGCCCCCCGGUCACCCAGCGGCCGAGUACACGCUGUACUCGGCAGAACAGGCCCGCGCGCGAUUCCAUGUCCAUGACACUCACUUUGGCAGCAAGGAGGAGAAAGUCUGCGGCGCGGUCGAGUACUUCGCCGGAAGCCUGUCGGCGUACCGGUUUUGUGUUGGUGUGUUGCGGAUGUGUUUGGACUGGGGGAUGAACUUGCAGACCGGGACGCCCGUGGUGGGGUUGUCGAGGGAUGUUACUGCUACUGCUAGUACUACUGAUGUGGUUGGGGGUGAUGGUGGUGACGGGGUUGGGGCUAUGUGGACGGUGCAUACACCGAGGGGCGCCAUCAGGGCCCGGCGGGUAGUGCUGGCCACGAACGGGUACACGGCGCGGAUCGUGCCGCGCUUCCAAGGGGUUCUUGUCCCCUUGCGAGGCCAGAUCACGGCACAACGCCCCGGGACGGCCAUGCCCAAUGGGGGGUGCUUGCCGACGACAUAUAGCUUCUGCUACAAGAAGGGGUAUGAGUACAUGAUCACCCGCCCGCAAGGUUCGCGGUUUGCAGGCGAUGUUAUUAUCGGAGGCGGCCUGGCGCGGGAGCCGGACGAAGGGUUGCUGGAGUUUGGCACUACAGAUGAUACUGCGGUCAACGAAAGGAUUAGUCGAUACUUGAGGGAGGCAACACCUAGGUAUUUUGGGAGCGAUUGGGGGGACGACGACCCCGCGGGAAGGGUGAGAAGCGAGUGGACUGGUAUCAUGGGAUUUAGUCCGGAUGGGUUUCCCUUCGUCGGGGAAGUACCCGGCGAGAAGGGCCUGUGGGCGAGCUGCGGUUUUCAGGGGCACGGGAUGGUGCUAUGUUGGAUGUGCGCGCGAGCUCUCGUGGAGAUGGUGGAGGGUCGGGAUAAUGAGCAGCUCAGGGACUGGUUCCCUGAUACGUAUCGAAUAACGGAGACGAGGUUGGCAAAGAAGUUCGAGGGUCGGCUGCAUUAAGGCGAUGGAAAGCGUAGUGAAUGGACUCUGGAGGGCUCCCAAAUCUUGUCGUAUAGUGCCUCGGGAGUGCCAUGGAUGAAAUGAACUGUCCUUCUAUGUUUC